AGAAUAUUGAAACAACUAAAAUCAUCAGCAAUCGUCGAAAGAGAGAUAAAAAGUAUAUAUAUAUAUAUAUAUGUAAAUAACAGCAAUAAUAUAUUAUAAGUAUAGAUACUUAUAGGUUUAUAUAUAUAUAUAUAUAUAUAUAUACUUAUACGUAUUUUGGCGAUGGAUAUAGCCAUUCUAUAUUUAUGUUGAUAUAUUUAUAUGUUCAUCUAUUUACAUUUCUAAAUAUCCAAGGCAAAACCUCUGGUAAGAAGAUAGAAAACUUCCAAUUCGUACAAGAAUUCAUUGAAAUAUUCUUGUUACUUUAUAAAUAGUUUUCGGAUACAAUCUCCUUCAUUGCUGUCAAAAACUUAUAUACUUCGACAAUCUUUGACAUGUCGGUUGAAAACAAUGAAUUACUAGCCGAUAAAGAGGAGAAGAAAUCGGUUUAUGUCAGUAAAAACAUAUUUUCGCAGAUUACAGUAUGGUGGAUUGAAGGUUAUUUUAGUAUGAGAUGGAGAAAGAAAUUUGAGAAAGAAGAUUUAGGACCUCUGCCUCCAGAAUAUUCUUCACAAUGUUUAGAUUCCUGUUUUAGAGAGUAAGCUGUUAAUGGGAAAUUCUUUUUUACUGAUAAAAAGCUAUAAGAGAUCAAUUUAUAAUAGAAAUUUUUCAAGUAUAUCUUUUCUAUUCCCACAGAAAAUAUGAAAAACUAGGAAUAGACAAAAGUGUUUAUAUCUUUUUAAUGAAGAUGCUUUUUCAUAUGUUCCCAAGGAGCUUAUUAAUAAUAGGAAUCCUGUCUGUAAUUACUCAAAUAUCUAAGGUAUCCAUUGCGUACAUUAUUGAGUCAUUAAUAAAUUUUUUGGAAAAAAAUGGGAGCUAUAACUCUAUUUGGUGGGGACUUUUAUUGACGUUGGAAUUAUUCCUUGUUCUUAUUAUUCAUAACUUUUUAAAAUCAACUAUUGAACACGAAAAUCGACUUGUUGUUACAAGAAUCUCUUCGACAAUUACUCUCAAUAUUGCCAGAAAGAACAUAUUUGCGCCUUCUCAUAAAGAAUUAAAGUCGAAAUGUGUAGACAAUUUAAUCUUUCUCCUUCAUACCGAAGCCGAUACUCUUUACACAGAAAUAAUUUCAUUAUUUAACGUCUUCUUAGCAACCAUUGCCAAUAUUAUCAUUAUUUUUAUAAUAGCAGCUGAUUUUGGGAGUUAUGUAUACUAUUUCCUGGUUAUAUACCUAAUAAUAAAAUCAACUUUUCUUGUAAGCAGCUAUUUAGAAGGAAAAUCAAGAGAAAAGUGUAAAAGUUUGAUUAUUGAUAGGAAUAUACUAAUGAAACAAAUAAUAUGUGGAAUAAGUGUAAUUAAAAUGUACGUCUGGGAAAAAGCUUUUAAGAUGAUUAUUAAAGAAAAGAGAACAUUUGAAUUAAAGUAUAAGAGUAUUGUUUCAGCAAUAAGGAUUUUCUAUCUUAGUUUUAGGGAUACAAUAAGCAAAAUACUCAUACUGCUGAUUUUACUAAUAUGUAUUUAUGAUAAACUACAAACGUCUGACCUCCACCUUGCUGUUUUAUUUAAAACAAUGAUAUUAUUACAUAUUAUCGAAUGGAAUAUCUUUGUUAAUGGUGUUUGGGGAAUAAGUAAAGUUCAAUCUUGCUUAAAUAGUAUCAAAGGAUUUCAGGACAUAAUGAAUUCUAAAGAUCUUCAACGUGAAGAAAGGUCUUCGCAAACCGAUGUUGUAAAAAAGCGACGUUUCGCUAUCUUUAUUGAAGAGUUAAAUACAACAAAAUUUUCUCAUGGUAAACUUACUGAAGAGGAUGGAGAUUGUCCUCCUACCGUAGAAGAGUAUGAUUUUGUUGGCAGUAGUAUCUUCAAUGUAAACUUAUACGUUAAACAAAGACAAAUUGCUUAUAUCACUGGCCAUUGUAAUUCAGGAAAGUCUACUCUAUUAAGAGCGAUAAUAGGAGAAAUUCCAGUAUCAGCUGAAGAGCUGAUAGUAAGAGGCAAAAUAAGCUAUCUGCCCCAAACUCCAUGGAUAUUUAAUGGUACAGUUAGAGAAAACAUUAUAGGCCCAAACUUAUUCGACUAUGAAAGAUUUUGGAAGAUAAUCAAAAUAUGUCAUUUGGAAGAGGAAUGCGUAAAUUAUCCAUCAGGCAUUCAGACGAUUAUUGGUAAUAGAGGAUUUCGAAUUAAGGAUACGGACAAGUCAAAAAUCUCCUUAUCCAGAGCUCUUUAUCAGAACGCUGACAUCUUUUUAUUGGACGAACCCUUUCAAACGUUACCAGAACACGAAAGACUUUCUGUUUAUAGAGGAAUAAAGAAGUUCCUAAAGUUUAAAACAGCAGUUAUCGUUACUCAAAAUCAUCAGAUUUUGUCUAAAGUCGAUAGUUUGAUUAUUAUGAAUAAAGGUAGAAUUGUUCAUGAAGGUGAAAAGAAUGAAAUUGCAGAGAAAAUGCUGAAUAAUAUAUUUAAAGAUAUUCUUGUUGAAGAAGAUCAAAUUGUUCAAGACAAUACAACAUACUUAUACGAGGAGAUUAUUGAUGAAGAAACAAGUCUGCUAAAUACGCUAUCCGACUACACUAAAAGGGGUGGAGCUGUUCGGCUCUUCUUCAUUAUUUUGAUAGCUUUAGUAAGUUGCGUUGGGUUAAAUUUAGGUAUUGAUUAUCUAAUUACGAAAUAUUAUACAUAUGGUAUAAAUAAGAAAAAUCUACAUUUAAUUGGUAUCUUACUUGGAAUAAUGUGGUUUUUAAACUUGAUUCUACAUCUUCUUAUUAAUGUCUUUGUACCAAAAGCAUCACAUGAACUUUAUUCCCAAGCGGUGGCUAAUAUUUUGGAGGCUCCAUUAAAAUUUUUUAAAGUGAAUAGCUUGGAAGGCAUCCUAUCGAAAUUUUUUAAGGAUACCAUAGUAAUUGAUAAUGAAAUUUAUGAUAUUGCCUAUCAAAUAAUAACUUAUGGGGCUUAUGGCUUUGGUAGCCUUAUAAUAAUGUUUAUAGCCAUGCCUUGGACGCUUAUCCCGUUUGCUGUUAUAAUUAUAUGGUUUUUUCUCGUUAUUCGAAUACCAAUACCGUCUAUUAGAGAUUUUGAAAAAUUAGAAAUUAACAAUCUAUGUCGAUUAUUUGGUUGUUUACAUGACGUAUUUACGGGACAUGAGAAUUUAAGAGCAUAUAAAAUGAGUAAAGUUUUACUUGAGAAACUUUAUUCUACCCUAAACGACUAUACAACUGUAAAGUUUUACUGUUUAAGCGCAUAUCAGUGGUUAAUAAUACGACUACAAAUUAUUUUCACAACGUGUUUUGCUAUUGCUAUUUUAAUAUGUAUAAUCAAAGCCAAUGAUCUGAAUUUAAUUCUUGUUGGCUUGUUCCUGGUUCACAAUUCUGUUAAUUUAGAUUAUUUAACAAACUUUUGUCGAGCAUGCCUUGAAUUAAGAAGAAAAAUGAUAUCUGUCAGACGAUUAUUAACUCUAACUCAUUUGGAUAUUGAAGAAAAAUAUACCUACAGACCUGCUUAUUCGCUUAAGACCGGAGGUCAACUACCUCAUAUUGCACUACAACAAGUUAUGUUAAGAUACGAUGAAUUCUCGGAUCCUUCACUUAUAAAUAUUUUCUUACAAAUCCGUAAAAAGCAUCAGAAAAUUAGCAUUGUCGGGAAAAAGGAUGCUGGUAAAUCAUCUUUGGUUAGUGCAUUUUUUAGAUUAACAGAGCCGGAUGGGAAUAUUAUUAUUGAUGGUGUUGAUAUUAGUAAUAUACCAUUGGAGCUUGCAAGAUCUCAUUAUUCGGCCCUUACACGGAGUCCUUUCUUGUUCAGUUCUUCUAUUAGAAAGAACUUGGACCCUUUUGACAUUUACGAAGAUGAAGCUCUCUGGCAUGUUUUAAAUAGAGUUCGAAUGGAAGAAAUUAUUAAAACUUACAAUAAAGAGAUGGAAACAGAGUUAACAUCUGAAAUAGAAAGAAAAUGGUCACUUGGAGAAAAACAAAGAUUUUGUCUCGCUCGAGCAAUUCUAAGACAAAAAAAGAUAUUAAUACUUGAUGAAGCCACUGCAAAUAUUGAUGAAGAAUCCAAUUUCAUCAUCCAAAGAGUUUUAAGGUCCCAAUUAAUAUAUUCUACUAUAAUUGUACUUACAAGGAGAUUACACAUGGCCCUCGAUGCUGACAUAGUUGUUGUUUUAGAAGAUGGUAGGGUCAUGGAACAAGGAGACCCUGCGAAUUUAUCCAGAAAUGAGUCAUCCUUAUUUUAUAAGAUGUUACAUUAUGAAGAUGGUGACCUAUCUGAUACAGCCGAGAGUUUACAAUCUGAAUUAGAUGUUGUUCAAGAAACAAUAGGAUAUAAGGCUCCCUCACCUAAAAAUUCUGAUAAAGACGGAGAUGAAGAUGAAGACAAAGAUGAAGAUGAAGAUGAAGACGAAGACGGAAAUAGAGGUGAUGAUGUACACACUGAACGAGAAUCAAGUAUGCCCCCUUUGGAGCAAUAUUCAACAGAUAACAUUCAAUCUGAUAGUGACGUAGACUUUUUAAGUGCCGAAGAAGAGAGGCAAAUUAAAAGUGAUGAGGACAUUGAAUCAAAAGAAGAGUAUGACACAGAAGAAAAAGACGAUAAAAAAGAUAAAGACUAGGAGAUUGAAAAAAAUAAAUGAUUAUAUUGCACAACAAUGAACAAGUUCGUAUUAUAAACCUAAUAAAUUUAUACAUUUUAAUGAAUAAUUCAUAAA